CAGGCUAAAUGUACAGUGUAGCUGGAAUAAUAUUGAAAAAGCGUAUCAAUAAUCAAUUAUGAUAGUUGAUUACUUAUUGUGAAUAUAAGCAUGAUCGUUAAAUAUACAAUAGGAAAAUAAAAGAACGAUACAGUACAUUAUUUACUAUGUAAUUCUAUUUCUAUUGAAAAUUAAUUUUUGUAGGUUAUGUUUUUAAUCUAUGAAAAUGCAAUUUGGAUUUAGUGAUUUGUGUAUUAAUUUACCAGAAAAUAAGAGUGAGUUACAAGAAAUAUUGUUUAAACUUCAUAAAGUUGGCUACAGGAAUGUGGUAAUAAAUCAAAAUGUGGAUGAAUCAGUGUUUGAAAAUGAAAAGAAGAAGAAAAAAAAAGCUGGAACAGUUAAUACUUGUCCAUACUGUAUACCAAAACCAUUCAAUAUACAAGAUUUAGAAAUGGAAUUCACAGGAAAAUUAAAUAUAUUUAAUAGAAUAACUUUCACUUUCUCAGAUCCUCUGAAAACCCAUUCUAUUAAUCAACUAGCAAUGAUGAAAAAUUACGAUUUGUAUGCUGUUAUACCAAAGACACAAAAUGCAUUUCAAUUUGCUUGUGCCCAACUGAAUGUAGAUGUAAUAUUCAUAAAUUCAACAUGUAAAGGGUUGAAGUUGAGUAGAAAAUUAUAUUUACAAGCAGUGGAACGAGGAAUCCAUUUUGAAAUUCAAUACUCUGAUGUCAUUAAUUUAUCUACAAGAAAAUUGGCUAUUCAUUACUCUCAUCUAUUUUAUACUUUUGGUAAAAGUAAGAAUGUAGUAUUAUCAAGUGGAGCCAACAGUGACUCUUUGAUACGAAAUCCAUAUGACAUUAUCAAUUUAGCUAGACUUUUAGGAUUGAAUGAAACAAAUGCAAAAAAUGCUCUAGGAUCUAAUACUAUAUCAGCUCUUUUGAAAGGAGAAGGUAGACGGAGUGGAAAGUCAUUUUUUAAAAUACAUCGUACUGAAAAAGUGGAUGAUGAUGUAGAUUUAUCAAAUAUUCCAUCAAAAAAGAUUAAACUAUGUGAUUAGCAUUAUAAACAAUUUUAUAAUUUGAUUAAGAUCAUUUUUUUCCUUAAAAGAGUCAAGUUAAUUAUAAAAAGUCAAUUUUUUUUCUAUCCUUUUUAUUUAAAAAUUUAGAAACAAUAUGAAUUAACACAAUCCCAAUUUCUCGAAUUCAGCAAUUAUGCACAUGUAAUUCCUGCACAAGUCCAAAUUUGAAGUGAAAUUUCAAAACUUGGUUGGAAAACGAUUUAAUAAAUAAAAAUAUGAUUUACUUGUUUAAAAUACUUUCUGAAAUAAAUGUAUUAAAUAAUUAAUUCCGAUGUAUAUAUAUAUAUAUAUAUGUAUACACACAAACAUCCACUAUAUAUACACACAUCAGAAACACUGUAAACUAAUAAAUCUCGCAAGCAUUAAUAAAGCGCUUUUAACGAUUUUAAUUAUUAAACGAAGUUGAAUUCACGCUUUAUCUGCGCUCACCUGUAAUUUAAAAUUUGAACUCUAGACAGUCGUAAGAUACCAUUCAAAUUUAGUUUUCUCGAGAUACUGUAUAAAAUAAUUCAAACAUUGAUUAGUUUAUUUUAAUUGCAACAAUUUUAUUGAGUAUCAUUUGUUACUAUAAGUCAGUUAAUUAGUACAAGUAAUCCCUUAAAAACCAAAAAACAAAAGAAGCUAUAAAUGCAAGGUGCACUACUCAAAUUUGAAUCUGGCAGAACGAUUGUAAAAAAAAAUUUAAAAUAUUAUAAACAAGUUAAUCGUUAGUUA